AUGUUGUCGCUAAAAGUUAGUGACUCACUUCCUCAUGGUACAUUCAAACGCAUAGCUCAAAAAUACGGCUACACACAUAGAACCAUCCGAGAUUUAUGGAAACGAGCAAUACAAACCAAGGAAGCAAACAAACCAUACAUUGUGGAACCCAAGUACAAAAAUUGUGGAAGAAAAAGAGUGGUCGUACCACCAAACUUACUUGAGUCUAAACCCAUUGGCGAAUGCACUUGCAUUAGAGAUGUUGCAACAUGUUUAGAUUUGGCACUGUCAACGGUGUGGAGGUUGAUAAAAAGAGGCGAGAUAAAGGCUCAUUCAAAUCCACUACACCCGGCUUUAACCGAUGCCAACAAAAUAAGGAGGGCAGAGUGGAUUUUGAGCCUUAUCCAAGAAGACACCAUUCAAAGACACCCGAUUUACAAAGUAAUGUACGAUUAUAUUCACAUUGACAAGAAGUGGUUUUAUUUAACCAAGAAAACGCAAAGGGUUUAUUUAGCACACAAAGAAAUGGUCCCAUAUAGGGCAGCGAAGUCAUCAAAGUUCAUAACUAAGGCCAUGUUCUUAUGGGCCGUUGCUAGGCCUAGAUGGGAUCGUUUUGGUCAAUAUACGUUUGAUGGGAAAAUUGGAAUUUGUCCUUUUAUCAAUAUGGUGGCAGCACAAAGAGAUUCAAAGAAUCGACCAAGGGGUUCAAUAGAAAUUAAACCAACCGAAUCAGUUAAUCAAGAAGUUCAUAGGAGUAUGCUCAUACAACAAUUGAUUCCGGCUAUACUAAGAAAAUGGCCAAGUGAAGGACCUUCCAUUAUUUUUAUUCAACAAGAUAAUGCAAGGGUUCAUAUCACAAACGAUGAUCCAAUAUGGCAACAACACAAUAGGCAAGGGGCAGUUGAGGAUGCAUUCAGAGAGUUACAUCCAAAGACCUUAACUAAUGUGUGGAUCUCAUUACAACACCAUUUAAAUGAGAUUUUAAAAGUUAAGGGGUCUAAUGACUACAUACAACCACACUUUGGAAAGAAGGUUGAAAAACACAAUGGCAGGUUAAGGAUUCAAGUGAGAAUUCCAACACAAUUGGUUAGAGAAGCUGUAGCUUUUCUUAACCCAAACAGGGAUCAGCAACAAACACAAGCAUUAACAGAAAAUGAGGAUGCUGCACAAACAACAGAGAUCAUUCAAGAAGCUUAUGAUUAG